ACUAUAAAGGAAGAAAAAAAGUGUAACACAAUGUGAAUCCAAAUGCCAAAAUGAUAGUGGCCAUCAUCAAGAUUUAACACUUGUAUAUAAAUAGUUGUGGAGCCUACUUCGUUUUCACCAUACCCAACUCAGUCAGAUCCAUUGCCUUCUUCUUCCCCUUCCCCCCUUUCUCACCAUUUUCUUAAUCAAUCAAUCAAUCUCCCAUACACCACAACACAAAUCAUCACAACCAAUCAUAAAUAAACAUUCUAAGUAUUUGUUUAUUUAAAUCAAGAAAAAAAAAACUAUGAGUUUUUUUUGUUGGUUUUUUCUCCGUUUCUUAUAAAGAGAUUCGUUCGUUGGUUUGUUGGUUGAAAGCAAAACAGUAAAUGUACGGUCUGGUGUGUUUCAGUUUCUCAGACUAGUAAGUAAUUGGUGCAUGGGAUUUGAUAUCUUCCCUAAUUGGGAGACAGAUUAUUUGCAACUGCUAGUAUGGAUAUUCAAGAAGAAAGUUCCUCCACCUUUGGACCUUUGGCAGCAAUGAGUUUAAGGAAUAUGUCUUCGUCGUCUUCGGCUUUCUUUUCAGCCAAUCAGUCACCGUUUUUCUCUCCAAGAACGUCAUCGUGUCAUUUAUCGGAUACUUUGAGACCUGAAGCUUCAAAUGACAGAAUUCAUCUAGAUGCUGCUGCUGCUGCUUCCACUAGCACAAGUUCAGUGGUUCCAGAACAAAAAUGUUCUAUCUCUGAUGUGGCUGCUGCGUCUCCAGCUGCCUGUACUUCAGGUGAUAUGCAGAGACUCGACCGUAUAUCUUCCUCGGUAGGUAUCUCUAGUAGCACCAUAUCUGGUUACUGCCAUCCCUAUGAUGAUUGUUAUUCUGGACAGAAAGAGAGGCGAAGUAAGAAAGGUAGAAACCAAAAAUCAUCGUCAACACCACCAGGUUCACGAGCAAUUUCUUCUUACAGAUUGACGAGUUGUGAUGUUUUCAUUGGAUUACAUGGGCGCAAGCCUCCUCUUGUAAGAUUUUCCAAAUGGCUGUGUGCUGAGUUAGAAAUUCACGGUAUCAGUUGCUUUGUAUCUGAUAGGGCCUCAUGUAAGAACUCUAACAAGCUUGUCAUUGCAGAGAAGGCUAUGGACGUUGCUUCUUUCGGUAUAGUAAUUAUAACAAAAAAGUCUUUCAAGAAUCCAUAUACCAUUGAGGAGCUGAAAUUUUUCUCCAGCAAGAAGAAUUUGGUUCCGAUAUACUUUGAUCUGAGUCCAUUUGAUUGUCUUGUAAGGGAUAUAAUUGAGAAAAGGGGUGAGUUGUGGGAAAAACAUGGAGGAGAACUUUGGCUUUUGUAUGGAGGGUUGAAGCAGGAGUGGAAAGAUGCUGUCCAUGCCCUCUCUCGGGUCGAAGAAUGGAAGUUGGAAGCUCAGGAUGGAAACUGGCGAGAUUGUAUACUUGAGACUGUCACAUUGUUAGCAAUGAGGUUAGGCCGAAGAAGUGUCGCCGAGCAUUUGAGAAAAUGGAAAGAGAAAAUUAAGGAAGAGGAGUUACCUUUCACUCGUAACGAGAAUUUUAUCGGUCGAAAGAAAGAGCUUUCUCAGUUGGAAUUUAUGCUUUUUGGUGAUGUUACUGGAGAUUCAAAGCAAGAUUAUAUUGAACUCAAGGCAAGAUCGAAAAGAAGGCAUUUGACCAUUGGUAGGGGCAAGAGUAGUGUGUUAGAUGAAAGAAAUGAAAGUAGUAGGGAGGAGAAAGAACCAGUUUUGUGGAAGGAGUCAGAAAAAGAGAUUGAAAUGCAAAGUGUUGAGUUUGCUCAGCAGCACUACCGUUCGAAGCUCAAACGCAGUGGUAAGUAUAGUAGGAAGAAAAGAGGAGUGAAGGUUUUGUAUGGGAAAGGGAUUGCAUGUGUAUCAGGAGAUUCAGGAAUUGGAAAAACUGAACUCAUUCUCGAGUUUGCUUAUAGAUUUCACCAAAGAUACAAGAUGGUGCUAUGGAUAGGAGGGGAGAGUAGGUAUAUAAAGCAAAACUAUCUAAACCUCAGGUCAUUUUUAGAAGUUGAUGUGAGUGUUGAGAAUAGUUUGGAGAAAACAAGUAUAAAAGGAUUCGAAGAGCAUGAAGCAGCAGCUAUUUCUAGAGUUCGCAAAGAAAUGAUGAGAAACAUUCCGUAUCUUGUGAUCAUUGAUAACUUGGAAAGCGAAACUGAUUGGUGGGAUCACAAACUUGUGAUGGAUCUUCUCCCUCGUUUCGGGGGAGAGACUCAUGUGAUCAUAUCAACGUGCCUUCCCCGCGUCAUGAACUUGGAACCGCUAAAACUUUCAUACUUAUCUGGAGUUGAAGCAAUGUCUCUAAUGUUACCAAGUGGAAAGGACUACACAGUUGCUGAGAUUGAUGCUCUGAGAACAAUUGAGGAGAAGCUUGGAAGGUUAACUUUAGGCCUUGCCAUUAUUGGUGGAAUUUUAUCAGAGUUACCUAUAACACCAAGCAGACUCUUAGAUACCAUAAACAGGAUGCCCUUGAAGGAGAUGUCUUCAUGGAGUAGUAAAGAAGCUCACGCCUUCCGGAAGAACACUUUUCUUCUGCAGCUCUUCGAUGUUUGUUUCUCGGUAUUUGAUCACGCAGACGGCCCUAAGAGCCUAGCAACAAGAAUGGUACUUGUAAGUGGAUGGUUUGCAUCCAGUCCCAUUCCAGUUUCAUUGUUAGCACUUGCUGCACACAAGAUACCGAAAAAAGAUAAGGGAACUUGUUUGUGGAGAAGAUUGCUAAAAUCCUUAACCUGUGGUUUCACUUCCCCACACACCAAAAAAUCUGAAUUAGAAGCAUCUUCACUGCUGCUAAGUUUCAACAUUGCAAGGAGUAGUGCUAAGAAAGGAUGUAUCCAAUUCAAUGAACUCAUCAAACUAUAUGCCAGGAAAAGAGAAGUUACUGGAUCUUCACAUGCAAUGGUUCAAGCUGUGAUCGGUCAAGGGUCAAUAUCUCAACAUCUGGAUCAUUUGUGGGCUGCAUGUUUUCUGUUAUUCGAAUUCGGUCAUAACCCAACGGUUGUCGAGCUUGAGGUUUCUGAGCUCUUGCAUCUUGUGAAAAAAGUGGUUCUGCCUCUUGCAAUUCAAUCUUUCAUUACAUACUCUCGAUGCACAGCUGCUCUCGAGCUCUUACGACUGUGCACGAAUGCAUUGGAAGCAGCUGACCAAACAUUAGUUACACCGGUCGAUAAGUGGUUCGACAAAUCACUCUGUUGGAGAUCCAUUCAAACUAAUGCUCAGUUGAAUCCUUGUCUUUGGCAAGAGCUAGCACUAUGUAGAGCCACAGUACUUGAGACUAGAGCUAAGCUUAUGCUAAGAGGAGCACAAUUUGAUAUAGGGAGUGAUCUAAUCAAGAAAGCCAUUUUUAUCAGGAGUUCAAUUUGUGGUGAUGAUCAUCCGGAUACUAUAUUUGCUCGUGAAACGUUAAGCAAACUCACUAGACUAAUUGCAAAUGUUCAGAUUCAUUCUUGAGAUUAGAUUUUGCAUUUUUGUAAGAAACUCCAGAAUUAUACAACAGAUUUAAUUUAUAAUAAAACCAGUCAUUUAUACUGUUUCGUGGAA